AUGCACCUUUUCCGUCGAGGUACAUCCUCGCUCUUCAACUCCUCUAACGUUUCCCUGGCUUCCUCGAAAAGCGACGCCACCACCGAUGCCGUCGGCGACAACGGGCUGGCGCAGGAGGGAUUUAAGUCCGUUCCUGACAGCGACAAGCUGUUCGUAAAGCCCGAUCCGGCUGUUGAUGGGGAGGACUGCCUCCACGACUGCGCAACAUGCACCGUGAAAUACCCCGCGAAAUUCGACGUCGAUCUCGAGGACAAGCUAUAUGGACAGGUCAGUGGGUGGUCUACCCAUAUGCUCGUAGCUACGGGCAAGUCAGAUUGGGUGCGCGACGUGGCAGACGAGACUGGAAGUGUCAUGGAAGCGAUUGAGAAGGGAGGCAUAGAACCAAGCAACGGGGUAAGCCGAAAUCCCCCAUUCCCCCCUCCCAAAACCGAAUCUGAAGCUCAUUUGGCUUUUUCUCAGCGACUCAAGCUGUCCGCAUCAAAUAUGCCCGUGCCGGACGAAUAUCACAUGCACGAGGCAGGGAAACAGCCCACAAACGUCCUCAUCCUGCCCAGUUUCACCGUGGUAGAAAACGUCACACCACAACUGGCUCCGGAUCUCAUUGAGCGCUUUGUCAAUAGGUCCCUGACCACAACGACACCGUUGGGUGGCCAGCCGGAACCCUCAAAACCAACAGAAGCCGAGGAGAAGUCACCUCACCCUGCAAACACCAGUAUCACACCGCCGCUUCAAUCACACCCGUGUCUCCAUGCAGCCGUUAUUCUUCUCUGCUCACAGCGCACGCGCGACGCCCGGUGUGGCCAAUCUGCACCACUUCUCCGCCGUGAAUUUGAGCGACACCUGCGCCCACUAGGUCUGUACCGCGAUAUGGACGAUACGCGGCCUGGUGGCGUGGGUAUCUACUUCAUCAGCCACGUAGGCGGACACAAGUAUUCCGCCAAUGUAAUUGUGUACCGGCGCAGAGACUUUGAAUGGUACAAGCGUGAGGAAGCUGAGACGAAUGACGAAGGUGCUACGCAGGGUAUUUGGCUGGCGCGCGUGAGACCGGAGGAGUGUGAGAAUAUCAUUCGGUAUACCGUGUUGCAGGGUAAGGUGCUCAAACCGCAGCAGCAGUUGCGGGGUGGGUUUGAUCGCGAGCGGGGUUUGACCAGUUGGUAA